AUGGCUUCAGAAGACAACAACGAGUUGGGUGCCAGUGCUCUGGCCGCAUCAAGCAUCCAGGACAAUUGGCGAUACUGCAUGAAAUGUUCUUGCCUCCACUAUUGCGGACAAGCAAAAUGUCCUGCCGGAGGCGUCCAUAAUCAUUCCAGCAGUGGAGAUUACAGCUUGGUCUCUAGCGGUAACCAUGGUCAGGACGACUGGAGGUGGUGCAAGAAAUGUCAAGUCCUCUCGUACACUGGUGGAGGAUCAAAUGGGCCCUGUUCCGGAGGCGGGCAUCAUGACACUUCCGGAAGCAGCAACUACCGCCUCACGCACAAUGAUAGCUCUGCUCCCGGUCAAAUCAAUUGGCGUUGGUGCCACAAAUGUCAAGGACUCGCCUAUGCGGGCGGAAAUCCAGGGCGCUGCCAGGCUGGUGGCCAGCACGACCACAAUGGCAGUGGCCACUAUACUCUGUCCCUUGAUGGAAAUCCUCACGGCGGCCAAGAUCAAUGGCGCUGGUGUUCCAAAUGCCAGAUGCUGGCUUAUGAUGGCUACAACUCAUGUGCCGGUGGCGGAGCCCAUAUCAGCAACCCCAGUGGCUCAUACAGCUUGGCCAUGAAUGAUUCGAGUGCCAGUGGUCAACGCGACUGGAGGUUCUGCAACAAAUGCCGUAUCCUCUGCUAUGGGGGAAGUCCAAGCCAUGGACCGUGUGCUAAAGGAGGAAUGCAUGAUCAUUCCAGCAGCGGGAAUUACACGCUUCUGCACAAUGCCGGGAAUCCAGGGCCUGACUAUCAAUAUCCAUGGCGUUGGUGUCAUAAAUGUCAAGCUCUUUGGUGGGGUGGUGAUGCAGGCAAACAUCCUAGAUGCCCUCAAGCUCCGGGUGGUGAGCAUUCAGAUCAAUCAUCUGGAGUGUAUGCCAUACGCCAUCAUCCAUAA